AUGCCGAACUCUCCUGGCCUCAGUGACCUUACAAUCAUCAAGCUACUCAUCAUGGGCUGGUUGAGUCUACGAAGCAGGCUUCAUGGGCCGACAUCCUUCGAACCCACUCCUAGUCAGGGCACAAGCUCUAAAUCUGCCAUCGAACACGCCGAACAUGUUGAGGACGUCUUUACGCAGCCUCCCGAGCCUGAAUAUCCACACCAAAAGAUAUCCAUCCCCGAUGAUGACUUGCCCUUUAUCCCGCCUGCGAUUGUCCGGAACCAGCGGUCACACUUGCAAACGCAAGGCCUCGCUUGGAUCGUAGUAGACAAUAUCGUUUACGACUGUGCCACUUUCAUCAACCAUCAUCCAGGAGGUGACACCGUCAUACGAAGUUUUAUCGGAGAAGACUGCUCGUGGCAAUUCUGGCGUUUUCACUCCAAGAUGAUCAUGGAAAAGUGGGGACGACCUUUGCGUGUUGGGCGAACGGAAGGGAUAGUGAACCGAUUCAAGGAACCCCCGAGAUACUUUGGAUCGAGGAAUCGAUAG